AUGCCUCACAACACCAUGCCCCAUAUAGAAGUGCCUAACAACCACGUGCAAAUCGGAGGCCGCAAACUGAGACUUGCCGUUGUGCAAUCUGAAUUUGUCAAGGCCGGAAUCGAAGCCAACUUCCCCGAGCUUUCGUGCUCCAUUUUGGCCCUCAACACUUUGGGCGACAAGGUGCAAAACAAGCCGCUCUACUCGUUUGGCGGGAAAUCCUUGUGGACGAAAGAGUUGGAGAUUCUUUUGCUCGAGGCCGUUGGCGACUAUCCGCAGCUAGACAUGAUUGUCCACUCGUUAAAGGACAUGCCUACCAACUUGCCGGAUGAGUUUGAGUUGGGUUGCAUCGUGGAAAGAGAAGACCCGCGUGAUGCUCUUGUGGUGAAGAAAGGGCUUCCCUUCCGCCUGCUCAGCGACUUGCCUCCUGGUGCAGUUGUGGGUACUUCCAGUAUCCGCCGUCUGGCGCAGCUUUUGAAGAACUACCCACACCUCCGAUUCGAAGACAUGCGGGGCAAUAUUGCUACUCGCUUGUCUAAGUUGGAUGACCCCUCGUCGCCAUUUACAUGUCUCAUUUUGGCAGCGUCUGGUCUUUUGCGCUUGGGUCUUGGAGACCGCAUUUCAGCUCCCUUGGAUGCACCAGACAUGUACUAUGCUGUGGGCCAAGGAGCUUUGGGCAUUGAAAUCCGCAAGGACGACACAGUGAUGCUCCUGGUUCUCCGGAAAUUGGAGCAUCUUCCUUCGGCGUACUGUUGCUAUGCUGAAAGAGCCAUGAUGCGGAUGCUAGAAGGAGGCUGUUCUGUGCCUUUGGGGGUGAAAACGCAUUAUAAUGAGCAGACACAGCAGCUUUACUUCAAGGGAAUCAUUGUAAGUCCUGACGGAAAACAGUCCGUGGAGGCAGAACACACUAGCAUAAUCUACAAUAAGGCCGAGGCCGAAGCCGUGGGUGAAGAAGUGGCCCGGAAAUUGACCCAUCUCGGCGGAAAGAAAAUUUUGGAUGCCAUCAACUUUGAAAAAAUCAAUCAGCGGCCUGUGAUAGGCGACGUGGCUGAUGGUGGAGAAGCUACGGUGCAAACGAUAUGA